CUCAGAGCCUCGUUUCCUCGGCUACCGCCGGCAGCCUCCCCGCGCGUGGCGUGUUUGCUUUGCAGACAUGGGGGCUCCUGCAGGCUUGAAGGACGACUGUGAGGCCCUGCUCAGCCGCUUCCAGGAGAUGGACAGCGUGCGCUUCGAGGACUUCACCGAGCUCUGGAGAAGUAUGAAGUUCGGAACCAUCUUCUGUGGUAGAAUGAGAAAUUUAGAAAAGAACACGUUUACAAAAGAAGCUUUGACUUCGGCUUGGCGGUAUUUUUUACCUCCAUACACCUUCCAGAUCAGAGUUGGUGCUUUGUAUCUGCUAUAUGGAUUAUAUAACACGCAACUGUGUCAACCAAAACAAAAGAUUAGAGUUGCCCUGAAGGAUUGGGAUGAAAUUUUAAAAUUUCAGCAAGAUUUGAUAAAUGCACAACAUUUUGAUGCAGCUUAUAUUUUCAGGAGACUACGACUAGACAGAGCAUUUCACUUUACAGCAAUGCCCAAAUUGUUGUCAUACAGAAUGAAGAAAAAAAUGCAACGAACUGAAAUUACUGAAGAAUUUAAGGACCCAAAUGAUCGUGUAAUGAAACUUAUCACUUCUGAUGUAUUAGAGGAAAUGAUGAACGUUCAUGACCAUUAUCAGAGAAUGAAACAUGUAAUUUCAGCUGACAAAUCCAAUCCGGAAAAAUCCCUCAACUUGAUAAAAGAUGAUUUUUUUGACAAUAUCAAGAACAUAGUUUUGGAGCAUCAGCAGUGGCACAAAGACAGAAAGAAUCCACCCUUAAAACUGAAAGUUAAAGGUGGAGAAGAAAAGAGUGAGAGAAAUUCACAACAAUCAGAGAGAUGUGAAAGGGCAGAAUCAUUAGCGAAAAUAAAAUCAAAGGCCUUUUCAGUUGUUGCUCAGGCAUCAAAGUCAAGAAGGCACCGUCAGGUCAAAGUUGACUUUUCUGAUUCUGAAUCCAGCCAAGUACAAACCAAAACAACUAGGAAAAGAAGAAACAAACAAACGUUGAAACCAGCAGGAAGGAAAGUGUCUUCCAGAGACAGAGGUGACAUGCAGAAUCUACAUAAGGAAGAUAAAUCUUUAAGUCUGAGUAUGCCUGUGGUUACAGAAGAGGAUGAGGAGAAUGAAAGUUUUAGUGAAACAGAGUUCACUGCACCCAAGAGGAAAAGAAGACAGAGAACAAAAAGCUAGGCUUUCCACUCCAGUAUCCUUGGACUUUCCUGGUAGCUCAUCUGGUAAAGAAUCCACCUGCAAAGCGGGAGACCUGGGUUUGAUCCCUGGGUUGGGAAGAUCCCCUGGAGAAGGGAAAGGCUGCCCACUCUAGUAUUCUGGCCUGGAGAAUUCCAUGGACUGUAUAGUCAUGGGGUCGCAAAGAGUCGGACACGACUGGGCGACUUUGACCUACUCACUUACUCACAUGUAAAUAGUUAGUUAUUUUAUAUCUACAGUUUGGUAACAGAUUUGUUUAUGAUGUAUAUUAACUAUUGUAUAUAUUAUGUUGUAAAGUGCACUAAAGUUUUUGCCUUAAUUUGCUUUAUUUUUUUAAUAUUUGAGACUUAUAUGGUCAGUAACUUAUAUGAUUGAUAGAAAGCUCAGUUUUUACUUCUGUAAUCAAUUAAGUAUCCUUUGGUGCUUGUUUUAAAGCUCCCUUUGGCCUAACAUGUCAGUAUGUAUACAUGCAUGUUUAUGUAUGUGUAGAUAUAUCUGUGUCUAUUUAUGCGUAUGACUAGUCAAUACACUGGGUACAACAUUUAAAUACUGAUUAUUUCUAAUAAAACCUUUAAGAGUGGUAA